AUGAGUCAGCAACUUUCGACGCUGCUCCGAUUUCUCUUCCUACAGGUGGGAGUUUUCCGAGUUCAAGGGGAAAAAAAAAGAAGAAUGACUGGAUGACUCAUAGUUAGGCGAGACUUCGCUGUAAGAAACUGGAAAUCAAGCGUGACAAACUUUCCGGUUCCCACUAACAUGAGCCAUUCUCCCUGCGGCUACAAAACUCUUCCGGUGACUGAGGGAGAAUGAAUGAAAUUGGAGCAUAAUAAAAUGAAAAUCCUUUUUGAAAAUUGCUGACGUCUUCCAAAAACAAAUUGUUUAUCGUUUAUUAUUCUGUUCUACGUGACCCGGAUGAACAAUAAAAAAAGAAGAAUAAAAAAAAUGAGAGACUGAAAUUUGACUCAUGGGAAAUUGUUGAAGAAUAGGUCUAGUUUUACUUUGAAACGAUUUUUUAGAAACAAUUUUUCAGUGCGUUAUGAUAGCAGUGUGCUCGGCAUACCCCUACAUUCUCGUUCCACAAAUGAACAGCAGGUUUGAAAGUUUCCUUUUGUUUUCCAAACGUCUUUAUUGAAAUGAUCUUCCUAUAGAAUUUCAAUUUGUCUGAGACAAGUUGCUCAGAAAUAACCAAUGCAAAAAUGUCAUAGCCUUGGAUUAGAAACGAUUCAUUUUUGAUGAAAAGUAUUAAAAAGGGAUAUUUUCCACAUGUUCUGUGUAUUCAUCGGAAAUCUCCAUAUAAACCUCACAAAGCCGUCUGGAAGAAUGAGUCAAAAAAGUGAUGUCGGUCUUGAAAAAGAAGGAAGUUCCACAUCUUCUUUACAGAAAUCUGGCAAAAAGGUCUUUCGACCGUCUGGACAACAGCGCGUUUUCUUUCGGAACGAAAAGAGCCUUCGAUCGGCUCGAUGAUAGUCCGUUUGGACUCGUCAAGAGGUCUCUCGUCAAACGGGCCUUCGACCGGUUUGUUUCCUUUUUUUCGUUUAUAGAAAAACGGUAAUAUAAUACUUCACUCGCCACUCUCUAGCUUGUCUGCGCUCUCUUUCCUUCACCCAUGUCUUUUAAUCAUGAAGAUAGAAUAGGAAAAUCGAGAGACGAAGAGGUGAAGCGGACUGUUCCAAGUCUCGGUGAUAUAGAAAAAAAUAUUGACUUAAAACACGGUUUUUUAGACAUGAACAAAAGGUCCUUAUGACAAUUUAGUUACAAAAGGAAAUGGGAUUUAUUAUCUUCUUCGGUUUGUUCUCUGUCACCCUUCUCACCGAUUCUGACAAAGGUGUAGCAGAACGCCUCUGAAAGGCCGAUAGCCACAAAAAUCCACCUGCCAGUCUGGUUUCACCUGCCAUUCCAAAGCCCUUUAACUAACGUACUUUCAAAUGGAAAAAUCAUCCACUUUCGCAAGAAAUGGCAACGCGCGAAGCCCCACUACGAAGAGACCUUUCAAUAAAGGACGGAAAUAAGUGCACGAGUUGUUUUGGCGGAAUUUCCUGGAACGAAACUCCUAACUAACGCUGUCAUUUGCAGACUGGAGAACGCCGACUUCGGGUUGAGGCGGAAGCGCUCGUUCGACAGAAUCACGAGGGCCGACUUUGAUCUUCGAGUGAAGAGGGCCUUCGACAGACUCGGCGGCACCGAAUUCGGACUGAUGAAACGAAGUGUGCCAGAAGAAGACCCUAUCAGAGGUCUGAAGACGUCGUCGAAUUCUAAACAGGAUCCGUUCUUGCAGAUGAACUCGUCGACGAACUGACGCACUCCAUCUCGGCUCUACGACAGGCACGUGCCGCCGACCAGCAGACGAGGACCGAAAAGGACGUCGUUCCCCUCGUCGUUUCCUACGAAGGCGACGAGUAG